CCAAAGAAGUUCAGAAAGGUUACUACAUCUCCUUACUACGGGACAGUUACAAGGAAGCUGUACCUAAGAGCUGGACCAGGCAGUAACCACUGUUUAGUGAAUCCCUUAUGGACAACCUGCGUGGUAGCCCAAGAAAUCGGCAGACCAUGGAUAAAAGGAAUGCAGCAUUCAAAUCACCUUCUGAAAGAACCAAACCUGCCCCGAAGAUAGAAGGGUUUGCAUUUCCCUUCUUUAAACAAGCUUUAGAAGGUGUUGCAGUGCCUCUCCCACCAGAGACAGAAGAAGAAGCUGUUCAGAUGUCAGAGAACAUUUUCCAGAGGAGGCCUGACUAUGAGCAGAACGGCUUGGAGACAGAGUAUUCCGGAGAACAGGACAAGGCUGCAGAACACACCUUGUACAGACAAUAUGAGGAAAAGAUCAGGCCCUGCAUUGAUCUCGUCGACAGCCUGAGAGCUCUGGGGAUAGAGAAGGACCUGUCCUUGCCUGCGAUCGCAGUGAUUGGAGACCAGAGCUCUGGGAAGAGUUCUGUCCUAGAAGCCCUGUCUGGUGUUGCUCUUCCCAGGGGCAAUGGUAUUGUCACUCGAUGUCCCCUGGAGCUCAAACUGAAGAGGUUACCCGAGGGCCAGGCGUGGCAGGGGAGAAUCUGUUACCGCAAUGUUGUCAUGGACCUCCAGAGUCCCUCUGAGGUGGACAGGGCAAUAAGACAAGCCCAGGAUGUUGUGGCUGGUCCCAGAGGUGCCAUUAGUGCAGAAUUAAUUUCCCUGGAGGUUCGGUCCCCAGAUGUCCCAGAUUUGACGCUAAUUGAUCUUCCUGGAAUUGCCAGAGUGGCCGUGGGGGACCAGCCGAAAGACAUCGGGGAACAGAUCAAAAUUCUCCUUAAAAGAAUUAUUGGUUGCAAAGAAACAAUCAAUUUGGUAGUGGUGCCAUGUAAUGUGGAUAUUGCAACGACAGAAGCCUUGAAAAUGGCCCAAGAGGUGGAUCCCAGUGGAGAAAGGACAAUAGGGAUCCUCACCAAACCCGACCUGGUGGACAGAGGAACUGAAGAGUCUAUAAUCAGAAUAAUGCAAAACAUGGUAAUCCCUCUCAAAAAGGGUUACAUGAUCGUGAAGUGUCGUGGGCAGCAGGACAUCCACAACAAAGUGACCUUGGCCUCUGCAAUCCAGCAGGAGAGGAACUUCUUUGCGAGUCACAGACAUUUCAGUGUUCUUAUGGAAGAAGAAAAGGCUACUAUCCCUCAUCUGUCGGUGAAGCUCACAAAUGAACUCGUGAACCACAUUAUUAAAACUUUGCCAGCGCUGGAAACCCAAAUACGUGAGAAGCUCCAUAAAACGUUACAGGACCUACAAAGAUACAAUAGAGGAACACCCAAAACAGAGUCUGAGAAGCUGAUUUUCCUCACAGAUUUGAUCAAACUCUUUAACCAAGACAUCUCUCGGACAAUGCGAGGGGAGGAGCAGCUGUUUGGGGAUGAAAUCAGACUGUUCACGAAAAUCCGCCGAGAGUUUCGAACGUGGGGAGCGAUUCUCCUGGAGUGUGCUGAGAAGGCUAAGAAAAGUGUACCCAGUAAAGCAAACAAAUACGAAGACCAGUACCGUGGGAGGGAGUUCCCAGGCUUUACCAACUACAGGACGUUUGAGGACAUCAUAAAAGAGCAAAUCCUAGAACUGGAGGAGCCAGCCAUUGAGAUCCUGAACAACGUGAUCCAACUGGUUGAAGAGAAAUUUAUGGAAAUCGUUCAAAGGAAUUUUGCUAAUUUUCACAAUCUAAGCAGAGCUGCUAAGGAGCACCAGCUGAGCCCCAAACCCCUGCAGAUGUCUCUGGAGAAAGGGCCCCACAAGCUCUUCUGGGUCAACCUGUUUCAGUUUGCAUCAGGAGCAAGUAAACGCCUCUCCAAUCAGAUACCUCUGAUCAUCCUGUCCUCUGUCCUUCACGACUUCGGAGAAAACAUUCAGACCACAAUGCUGCAUCUUUUGCAAGAUAAAGACAAGUUAAACGUUCUCCUUGAGGAGGACAGUGAGGCUGCUAAACUUAGGAACUAUCUCAGUCAGCGAGUCGAUCGUCUCACCAAAGCCUGUCAGUACCUGAGAGACUUCAGCUCUCUGUAA